AUGAAAUUUGACUCAAUAUCUAACCAUUGUCGUACAUUCAAAAUUACAUUUUACCAUUGUCAGAAUUACAUUUUACCAUUGUCAGAAUUACAUUUUACAUUUUACCAUUGUAAGAAUUACAUUUUACCAUUGUCAGAAUUACAUUUUACAUUUUACCAUUGUCAGAAUUACAUUUUACAUUUUACCAUUGUAAGAAUUACAUUUUAUCAUUGUCAGAAUUACAUUUUACAUUUUACCAUUGUAAGAAUUACAUUUUAUCAUUGUCAGAAUUACAUUUUACAUUUUACCAUUGUAAGAAUUACAUUUUACAUUUUACCAUUAAUUACAUUUUACAUUUUACCAUUGUCAGAAUUACAUUUUACAUUUUACCAUUGUCAGAAUUACAUUUUACCAUUGUCAGAAUUACAUUUUACAUUUUACCAUUGUAAGAAUUACAUUUUACCAUUGUCAGAAUUACAUUUUACAUUUUACCAUUGUCAGAAUUACAUUUUACAUUUUACCAUUGUAAGAAUUACAUUUUACCAUUGUAAGAAUUACAUUUUACCAUUGUCAGAAUUACAUUUUACCAUUGUCAGAAUUACAUUUUACAUUUUACCAUUGUCAGAAUUACAUUUUACCAUUGUCAGAAUUACAUUUUACCAUUGUCAGAAUUACAUUUUACCAUUGUCAGAAUUACAUUUUACAUUUUACCAUUGUAAGAAUUACAUUUUACCAUUGUCAGAAUUACAUUUUACCAUUGUCAGAAUUACAUUUUACCAUUGUCAGAAUUACACUUUACUAUUGUCAGAAUUACAUUUUACCAUUGUCAGAAUUACAUUUUACCAUUGUCAGAAUUACAUUUUACAUUUUACCAUUGUCAGAAUUACAUUUUACCAUUGUCAGAAUUACAUUUUACCAUUGUCAGAAUUACAUUUUACAUUUUACCAUUGUAAGAAUUACAUUUUACCAUUGUCAGAAUUACAUUUUACCAUUGUCAGAAUUACAUUUUACAUUUUACCAUUGUCAGAAUUACACUUUACCAUUGUCAGAAUUACACUUUACUAUUGUCAGAAUUACAUUUUUGCCAUUGUCAGAAUUACACUUUACCAUUGUCAGAAUUACCAGUGA